ACGCUCGUGAAAUCUUACGACGUACUAGCCGUUUCUUUCCAUUGGAUCCUCAUCGCGUUGUAUGGAGCCUCGCCGGGUCGGCCUCCGCGUCUCGCCGCCGCUGCUGACGCUCGAGUACACAGCGGGCGACGGCGCCCUCUACCACCACGAAGUGCCUCUGGCAAGCUACCUCGCACGCAGCAGCGACGCGGGGCAGAUUGCUUUGGCGAUCACGGACGAGCAUCGCGCGUACUUUGCACAGGUUGCGCCGGCGCAGCUCCGACGGCUCCUCGAGCGUCUCGUCUCGCCGACCAAGGUCGAGACGCGUAAUGCGCUGCCCGCUGCCGACUACAACAAGGUCUCCGAGUCGCAGCUCGCGGCCGUCAAGGCCAAGAUGGACACGGUGUUCCACGAGCACUUGUGCAAGCCCGGCGACCCCGGCUACGUGUACAACAAGGAGGUCACCUUUGGCGCGGCGACCGCGGCCAGCGACUGGGACGACGAGUAAAGAUGAUGUAAUCUUGACUAGGAGUAGUUGGACGC